CAGCUUUCUCUAGACAUCCUAUCAAACAAAUGCCUUUUGCAGCAUGCCUGGAAAGCCACCAGAUUUGAUCUAUUUCAGACCAAAACAUCUAGAGGAGCCUAACUCUGUGGUUCAAGUCCAGGAAGACAGGUCAUGGCGAGCAUGGAGGGGUUUGCGGCUGUGUUCUACAGUGAGCCAUCAGUGCUGGGGCUCCUCUCGAAUGUGAUCAGCGCUUUCCUCGUGUGCCUGCAGAACUUUUCCUUUGCUCACACCAACAUCAGACCUGAGGGAGUAGAAAACAUCCUGGCAGGGGUCCACCUCAUUCUGAUUGGAGGCCUGUCUCAACUCUUGGCUGGAUUCCUCGCCUUCCGGAAGUAUGACCACCUGGGUGGCACAGCCUUCCUGGCAUUUGCAGCUCUGUGGAGCAGUUAUGGGGCCACCCGGGUCAUUUCAGGGGCAUAUCCCCCCUUAAACAACACAACGCUAGCCUCAGAAAAUGCCACUUUUCUCCUCCACACUGAUGCAGCCCAGCUCUCCACCAGUGAGAGUGCUGUCGCUGGGUUGGUGGCUUAUAUUUUCAUUUCAUUUAUCCUCUCCUUCUGCUCAGCCACCGUGAACUACAUCAUGCCCUUCGUGUUUGGAGCCAUCACCCUCACCUUGGUGUUCGAAGGGGUGGGGCUUUUUGGCCAGUGGGCGCUGGUUGUGUCAGGGGUCCUGGAGCUGGUCAUUGUUGUCUGUGGGCUGUAUGGAGCAGUAGCUCUCCUUUUCAAAGGCAUCACUCAAAGGUAUGUUCUGCCGGGCUUCGGGAACCCUCUCUUCAAUGUCUUGCUGCUGGGCUCAGCUAACAGUGGCUCUUCCAAGACUACUGGGGAGGAGAAGAAAAAGAACACAAAGUAUGCUGAGCCAAUGGCCCUAAACCACUUAUGUGACACCAUUUCCCCCUUCAUAUUUGCCUUCUACACUUUUGGGUACAUGAAGACCUUCUAUGUAGGAGCCAUAUGGGUUAGCAUCAUCUCCAUCUGCCAGCUCUUCUCCAGCUUCUAUAGCUACUUGCGAGACGAUGUUUAUUAUACCACCAAGUUUGGUGUCCACAGUCUGUACUGGCUGGUGAUGUCUUGGGAAGAGUUCACACUGACUGUCUUCAUCAGCAUAGACAAUGUGCAGCAAAGCAGGAUGGGAAUGAUUGGGGACUGGUUCUUCCUGGCCACUGCUUGCAUGCUGUUCCUGAUGGCCUUCAAUAAGGAUGUUCUAGAGGUGCUGCAAAAUGCUGCUUUCAUUCUUCUCACUAUCUCCACCAUCCACCAGAUUCCAAUUAGAGGCGCUUAUGUGUUCUUUGGGGUUUCCUGCAGCCUUUACACGGCUAUCUCGCUCUACGCCACUUUUGCAAGCCUCAUUAACUCAAUAGGUGAAAAGGCGCUGAUCCCUGUUGGUGCCCAAGUUAUGUCCAGCUCAACGCUCCAGAGUGUACUGAUGAGUGUCAAAAGCUACCUCAUGAGGUCUAAGAAUAUCCCAGGGGCCACCAUCUGUGAGGUCCCCGAUGCCUUGUUCUACAUCUGCAAUGGCCUGGCUGCUGUCUCUGCCAUCCAGGGUACUUUAAAUGACCCCAUCAGACAGCAUCUCUCUAUUCCCUCCGUGCUAAUCCCAGGAGCCAUAUUUCAGCUGUAUGUGUGUAGGAUCCAGGUCCAAAGAGGAAGAAGAUUUGGGUCCGUUCUUCCAUUCUGCUAUGCUGCUAUCUGGGCAACAUGGACCUGGCUCCGUUUUGCAGGUCACUUACUGAACAUUGAUGCUGCGAGUGAUGGAGGAUUCACAGCAGGAUCCAUAGCCUUUUUGGUAGUCAACAUCUUUUUAAUGGUUAUAGCUUCCUAUUCGAACCUGGUGCUCCUUUGCCUGACCUUUGUGAUGGAGGUUUUGAUCAUUUGUUUUCUGCUGUUUACGGUGGAACACCUCCCAGUGCCCCUUGAGAUUGUGAUGCUGUCUGUCUUCGGUGCUAUCUGCAUCUAUGGAGCAACGUCAUCACUGGCAAACUGCAUAUUUGGCAAAGACCUCAUAAUGAUGGGACCCCCUCUCUUUAGGGUUGAGAUGACUAAGGAGGACACUAAAGAUCCUCCACCCUGUUUCUGCCCCAGCUCCCAUCGAACCAGCAGCCUGAGGAGCAUUGCAAACUUGCUGAAUGAAGGUGCAGUGUGCGGAGUGCCUACAGACACAGUGUAUGCUCUGGCAGCUUCCUGCAAACAGCCAGAAGCCAUUGAGAAAAUCUACAGAAUCAAGGACAGGCCUCAAGAGAAGCCCAUCUGCAUCUUCAUUUCAAACCUGGACCAGUUGCGAGCUGCUGCUCCUCCCUUCAGCCCUCUGCUUUGGGAAUUUAUGGAGAACGUUUACCCUGGAGGCAUUGGAUGCAUCAUCAAGAAAGGAGAAUGGCUGAAGAAGUUAGGGGUUGGAGCAGGCUAUGACCGAGUCGGGACCAAGGACAGCAUAAUGAUCAGAGUGCCUGACCAAACCGUCACCGUCCAUCUCAUAGACAUGACAGGCCCCUUGGCCAUCACCUCUGCUAAUCCCAGUGGAGAGACUGACAGCACCCACCACGACAUGGUCAUCUCGCGUCUUGGCCACAAGCUAGAGGGGGUUCUCUGUGAUGGGGAAUCCAACGAGGUGGUGGCAUCCACGGUGGUCAACUGCACAAAGAUCGAUGAAGGUGGCAUCACCAUCCUGAGAGAAGGCUGUGUGCCCACAGCCAAGGUGCGGCAGAUAUUUGAAAGGGUGAAGAACGGAGAUGCAUGAAGUUGAAAAAAUCUCACUGAACAAAGAGCAAGAUGCUCUCUCCUUACACCAAGGUUAAGGGGGCCAAUCCUUGUUUGAAAGAUCUGAUUCAAUUAGCCCACAUUUUCUCCUACAAUGUAAAAGUGCACUGCUAUAUGUUACCUUCCAGAUCCCACACUGAGGGACCUUGAGAAAGUCACAGCUUCUCUGAUCAUCCACUUACCUACUUUUGAAAUAACAAAACUAUCCCCAACAUCUCACACAGAUUACAUGAGGUCUAAUUCAUAAAGUGCUUUGAGAUGCCAGGAUGAAAAGUGAUUAAGCAACAACAGCCCAAUAUGACUUGCAGAGGUGAACAUACUGAAGUGGAGAGUCUUAUUUGAGGAAUUCAGACACAAUUAUAGUGCAGCAGAGAUCUAUGUAAUUCACAAACAUAGGAGCCUUCCUUGUAUCUCUGUUUCUAGAUGUGAUUCUUUUCUAGGACCGCACACCUUAGAGCUUGUUGGAAACCAAAGUUGCCAUCCCACAGGAAAUUCUGAUAUUUCAACAUUUGUUUGAUCCCAAAAUGGGACAAAGUGUUGAAAAUUUCCCCAGAAUGAAAUGUUCCAAAAAGAAAUUCAGUUUGGAACUGUUGAAACGCAAAAAUAAAACUGCCAUUUCCAAUAGGAAUUAUAUGUUUCAUUUAUACAUGUUAUAUAGGGACACUCUGGGAAGUUAAUCCAAAUUAACUAGAAGUAUGAAUUUAACAUCUAUAAUUAACUACAUUAAACACCUGUGUGGACAUUAUUAGAAUAAAAGUGGCCUUAAUUCAGAUGAGUUUAUUCACUAGUUCUCCAUUGCCCUGCACCUUGUAUGAGCAUUGACAUCAAUGCACAGCAGAUAUAAAAUGCUACCAGAUCAGAGAGGUAGUGUUUUGGACCCACUUUGCACUAGUGUAAAUGAUUGCAAAUGUGCAAUGGAGAUUCAAGUCCUAGGUACAGUCCUUAAAUCACCCCCCCCCCCAUCUUUCAUAAGUUUAUUUGGGUGCUUAGUUCAGAUUUGCCUCCCUUGUUUUUAAACCAUCCAUGAUUUUAUUCCAGUCUGUGCCAUGGACUCUCCCUGCUCACCAGAUCGCCUUCAUAGCACUGACUUCCUCUCUGCUCUGUCACAGUCUCACUGCUGGUGGGAUGAGAGCUCUGCCUUCUCUACAACUGUUGCCAUCUAGAACAGGCCCCAUUAACUCUGACUCCCAACCCAUCCCCUUUAUUAUUGCUAUGACAUUCAAAGCUAGAGCCCCAUUCAGGAUCAGGACCUCUGUACUCAGAAAGACAGUCGCUGCCCAAAGAGCAGGCAAUCAAAACUUCCCACCUCCCUUCACAUUGAUACUGGGGUACCAGCUAGAGUCUUAAACAGAUCAGAGCCCCACCCACUCGGCACUGCACACGUGUAUUCUAAUCUCACUUGGAAGCUCACUUUUCCUCUGUCUGCUAUGCUCCUUGAUGUCUCUCUCCCCUGUUAUUUAUUAUUUUAACCUCUUCAACCUGAAGUUGAUGGGAAUUCACACGCAGAGCGCCUGCAGGAUCAGGCGCUAUAUGUGCAUUCCAGACUGCCUAUAUUUUGUGUAUACCUUGGCCUGCGUAUUUAAUGUAUAUUGCUGUACUUGUUUCCAUAGCAUUUGAAGCCUGUAUUAUUUAACGCAACCAGAUUCUGUU